AACACCACGUGACCUCCCUAGCCUGGCUUCAAGUAAUAUGGAGGAUGGUUGCGAGCGGUCUCGAACACACAUUUCUGCACUAUUUCCUGAAAUAUUGGCCAUGGUAUUCAGUUAUUUGGACACAAGAGAUAAAGGACGGGUAGCUCAGGUAUGUACCACUUGGCGAGACGCUGCUUAUAACCGCAUGGUUUGGCGAAAAGUUGAAGCGAAGCUACAUCUUCGCCGUGCAAACCCUUCUUUGUUUCCAAGCCUUGUGAAGCGUGGCAUACAUCGAGUCCAAGUUCUCAGUUUGAGGCGAAGUCUCCGAGAUGUCGUGCUAGGAAUACCUGGUCUAGAAAGUUUAAAUCUCAGUGGUUGUUACAAUAUAACUGAUUUCGGACUGAGCCAUGCGUUCGCACAAGAACUAGCGUCCCUGACAGUGCUCAACUUAAGCCUAUGCAAACAAGUGACCGACUCCAGCUUAGGAAGAAUAACUCAAUUUUUGAAAAACUUGGAAGUGCUUGAACUGGGUGGGUGUUGUAAUGUGAGCAACACAGGACUUCUACUCGUGGCAGUCAGUUUACGAAAACUGAAAAGUUUGAAUUUACGAAGCUGUCGCCACAUAUCUGAUCAGGGUAUAGGAUAUCUUGCUGGGCUGUGUCACAAGUCGGCGUGUGGGAACCCGGAGCUUGAACACCUGGGCCUACAGGACUGCCAGAAGCUGACUGAUCAAGCUUUGAAACAUGUGAGUCUCGGCUUGACAACUCUCAAGACUAUUAACCUUUCAUUCUGUGGCAGUGUGACAGACACAGGUAUAAAAUACCUGUCAAAAAUGCUCAGUUUGAGAGAACUUAACCUCCGGAGUUGCGACAACAUCAGUGAUAAUGGAUUAGGCUAUUUGUCUGAAGGUGGGUCAAGAAUAACAUCGUUGGAUGUGAGUUUUUGUGACAAAGUUGGCGACCAGGGACUAUAUUUCCUCUCCCAAGGACAGCUAAGUUUGCGGAAUUUGAGCCUAAGUGCUUGCAAUAUCAGCGACGAUGGAAUCAACCGUCUUGUUAACACAUUGCAAGAAUUAAAAACACUGAAUAUUGGACAGUGUGUGAAAAUUACAGAUAGGGGACUCAGUUUGAUUGGUGCAAAAAUGCGCAAUUUGCGAUCUAUAGACCUGUAUGGCUGUACACGUAUCACGACUGUUGGGCUGGAGAAGAUCAUGCAGCUACCCAGUUUGGACACCCUCAAUCUAGGUCUGUGGCACAAGAGGUGAUGACCUGUGUCAAGAUGCCAUGACCUUUGACAUUGCUAGCCCCAGGCUAUGACUGCCUGUUCUGUAGACAGGGUACUGAAGGAAUGCCGGGAAUGUCACAUGGUGACAGGUGAGAUGUGUGGUGCCCCUGAUGUCUGGAUAUUAUCAUUUGCCUCUAUCAGAAGCUCUUUAAUCAAAUGUGGAAAUGAUAAGAUGCCGAUGUUUCAAACAUUGUACCUGAACCUAAUCAAAACAAGAAGUUUUCAAAUGGUCAGAAAUAUGUGACAAAAAGACAUUGUGAUGAACGACACCUUACGGUGCUAGAAUCAAUGAGGUGGCCUCACUAGAAAGUGCUAAAGACAAUUUGCUCACGUGUCCCUGUACUCCCGAGGAUGUAAAAUGUUUGCUGAUCGUGGAGUGACACUCUUCCAAAGAUGUAUGAACAGAAAUAUAUAUAUAUAUAUGAUUUUGUAAUGAAAUAAUUUCAAAACUA